ACCGCGCCGCCGCUUCCUCGUCUCCUGGCGAUUGCGCCCCCAUCCUGAGCGCCAUCCGCUCCCUCUUCAGCUCUUCUUCGUCGUCAAGGGAGGGCAACUCCAUCCGUGCCGCCUCUGCCUCCUGGCGCCCCCAUCAUGACCGCCAUCCGCUCCCUGGUGAGCUCCUCUUCCUCGUCGGAGGGCAACGCCAUCUUGGCCGCGAAUGUCUUCUCUGCAGGCGAUGGCUCCCCCAUCAUGAGCGUCAUCCGCGCCCUUAUUGGUGCCUCUUCAUUGUCUGAGCUCGGGUCCUUCUCAAUCUACCAAGGGAGUGCAUAUGCAUCAAGGGAACUUGUACCAGUCUAUCAGGGGAGUGCUUACGGCUUCCGAGAGCUUGUACCUGCUUCAUACCGUAGAUUUCACCCUUGCAAGGUUCUUCCUGUGUCUCUGACAUCAAACAGGAAUUCUUCCCUCAUGCUUGUAAACAUUCUACUCGGUGCUUGGUUUGGAGGAUAUCUCUUGGCUUCAACCGAUGGUCAACCUGGUUCUUUCAUCUUGGAAAAUCUCAAGGAAAAGCUUAAACUCAUCGAAGCAGAGAUUAGGGAUCUUGAAAGAAUGAUCGAAGAAUUUGGUGAUGCAUCUGAUUUCAUGAAGUUGAUGAAACAAAAGCUUGAGCGCUUGAAGGUCUUGAAGGAAGAUCUUUUGAAGCUGCUUGAGGAUUUUCAAGCAGUGGAUGAUGUUCUGAGGAAGAUGCUGGAUGAAUUGUCUGCAGACAAGGACUUGACCAAGGAGGAUUUGGCUGUUAUAUGCAAAAAACUUAUGGAAUUGGAGGCCCCUCCAGAGAAAGAACUUCUGGAAGAAAAUCUUGACAUUUGGGAAAAAAUUGCUCCAGGCUCCAUCACUAGCCAUAGGUCUACAUGGUACUCUCGAUGAGGUCUUAACUUCAUGGCUCGUCAUUUUCAGUCUUUUGGGUGCUGGGCUGCAUUUCACCCAGACAGACAUCAAUGAUCUAUGGGAGAGAAGAAAGAAAAGAAUCAAUCAAGGUGUAAAUAAAAUCCUUGGUAAGAGACCUGGGACAGGGAUCUGUUACUGCCAUAUUGUUUUGCCUGUGGUGUGCAGCCAUUGUGGCACUGAUCUACCUCAGUACGUACCUGAAGAGCCUCUCUGGUGGGAGAAGAACUGAGCAAUGCCUUUGGUGGGGUGGUCUCUGUGUAGCGAGUAGCAUGAAGAGCUUUUGGAAGGUACCGUGGAACGAUGAGGUAGAUUUGUCCUGUGGUAGUCAAUGAUGAGGAAAAUUGUCCUGUGUUAAGUCUGUUGGUACUUUUGGCUUCCAUCCAAAUUUUGCCGUGCUGUAACAGUGAGGCGAAUAUGAACUACUGUGUUGAAGUUUUUAGUCUGCAGCUUAUCCUGAUAUGAGUUUCUUCGUGUGCUGUAACAGUGAGACGAAUAUGAACUACUGUGUUGAAGUUUUUAGUCUGCAGCUUAUCCUGAUAUGA